AUGGGUUUCUAUGGUGUCAUUCAAGAAAUUUGGGACCUUGACUACCAAAAGUUUACAAUCCCAGUCUUUAGGUGUGAUUGGAUUGAUAAUACUUCUGGUCUUGUAGUGGACGAACUUGGAUUUACCCUUGUAGAUUUGAGUAAAAUUGGACAUAGGAAUGACCAAUUUGUUUUGGCUUCUCAAGUCAAACAAGUAUUUUUUGUUGACGACCCGAUGCAUCGUGGUUGGUCGGUAGUGUUAUCAAUGCCUAAUAGAGAAUAUAAUGAUGUUAUUGGUGAUGAUGUCUUAGGUGAUGUGAGAAUUGAGUGUGAGCCAUUUACUAGGGGGAUGCCAAAUGUUGACACAUUUGAUGAAGUGGUGGUUGAGUUAGGGAGUCAAAAUAUUCGAGAUGGGUUUUGGCCACAAAACAAUCAGUACAAAAAUUACUGGUUCCAGAUUACAAACACGACGGUUUUGAUAAAGAACCGCCAUGUAAUUCAACAUAACACGUCUCCAAUCCCAUAA